AUGACCACAUUUCAAAUCCCUGGCUUGGAUUAUGGAAGCGAUAACAGUUCACCAGAACCCGAGGAGGAGCCAUUGCAUUUAUUGUCACAGGAAAGCCACAUGUGCAUCGAUUGCUAUAGCAUCGCGAUGAAAAUCGUUCAACAGCCGAAAGGGACGCCUCUGGCGGAUAAAUACCUAGCCGUACACGAGCUGAGCAGUGAGGAAAUAGUUCGUUUCGGUAACGCGUUAGAGGAAACCGAUAUCGAUCCCGAAGGCGACGAUUUUAUUCAUUGUGAUCGAUGUAACUGUUAUUAUCGUGCCUCAUGUAAAGAGCACCCUCUUUUCUGGGUGAAGGAUCGAGAACCGAGUAAAAACUCGAAGCCAGAAGAUCGUGCUCGGAUGACCGCACCGGCUUUCAUUAGCAUCAAAACCUCGUCAAUACCCAACGCAGGACUGGGAGCAUUUGCCGAGGCCUGUAUUCCUGUUGGUAUGGUAUUUGGUCCAUAUCAAGGCAUUCUCUUGGAUGACGCUUCUGAAGCGGAGAAAGACGGUUACUGUUGGGAAUUACGAAGUCAUACUGGUCCGCACUUCAUCGAUGGUAGUAAUACGCAGUAUUCGAAUUGGAUGCGAUAUAUUAACAGUUCUCGACACGACAAGGAGCAGAACCUGCUAGCGUUCCAGUACUGCGGUGGAGUGUACUAUCGAGUAAUCCGGCCGAUCACAAUCAAGGACGAACUCCUAGUGUGGUACGGUAAGAAGUUUGGCAAAAGUCUCGGCGUUUUCACGACAUUGCGCUCUAUCAAGAAGCCAGUCACGGCCGCUAACAAGAACCCGUUCAUCCUCUAA